AUGGAUAAGUACGAAAACACCAACGACAUUUCGAACUUCUUAAUAGGACAAGAAUUAAUAAUUGAUAAAUUAUUAUUUGAAAAAAAAUAUCUAACUAACAAAAGAAAAAGUAAAAUAAAAGGUGCUAAUAAACUUAGUUAUUACUUGAAUGACAAAUUCAAUACUUUCUUGGGAUAUGACAACUUUAUAAAUACUAUAUAUAAAAAGGAAAAGAAAUUUAAAUGUAAUAUAUCUGAACGGAAAAAAGGAAAAAGAGAAAAAAAAAUAAACAACGAAACGAUCAAUUCAAAUGAUUCGUCAUCUGAAUACAAUAGUAAGAAUAAUGACUCUAGUAAUUUAAAAUUAAAAAAUAAAAGAUGUGCCAAUACAAGUAGUAUUAAUGCACCUAUUAAAAAGAGGCAUGGAGAAAGUGCUGAAACGAAUAAUGUGGAAAAAAAAGAUACAAAAGUACAUGUAGAAUCUAUUGUAACAAAUGAGUCAAAGGAAUUGUCAUUACAUGAUGAUAACGAAAAUAAAAACUUGAACACAUGCAAAGAAAUGGAAAAUGACAAUAAAUUAUUGAGCAAUGUAAAUAGUGACAUAUGUCAUGAUAAUAUAAUAAAAAAGGAAGCAGAAGCAUGCAAUUUUUUGUAUAAUCCACAGUUAUUAAAUAAUAAUAUGUACAAAUUUUCAGAUGCAUUAGAAUCAAAUAAUUAUACAAGUUCUUCAUAUCAUUCUGACACAAGUGAAAUAUCAAAUGUAUCACCAGAUAUGGUAUGUUUUGAAAAACAGUUUAAAUAUAUUUAUGAUAUAUACAAGAAAAAUGAUAAAAAUGUAUAUUUAUUUUAUAAUCCUCCUGUGUGUAAAUGCACUAAUAAAUUUUUAAAAGAACGGUAUUUUCAAAAUUUAUAUAUGCAAUAUCCUUGCCUUUUCAAUUGUUCAUUUAACAAUGAUACACAAAUUGAAAAAUGUGAUAAUAUAAAACAUGAAAAAACUGACAAUUUUGACGGAAAAAAUAAUUGUACUACGAAUAUAGAAAUCAAAGAAGAAGAUAUAAAUAUGAAACAGGAUAAAAUGAAUAAUUAUAUCACAAAUGAAGAUAAAAAUAGGAAAAUUAACAACAUGAACAAAAUAUCCAUUGGAGAAGUGUCAUCUUAUGCAGUUGAAUUAAAACUUUAUGCAAAAGCAUUUUUUGAAUUAUAUUUUUUUGAAAAAUGUUACGAUAAAAUCAAAAAUGAUUGUGCAUAUGCAUUGGAAAGAAAAGUAAAUAAUAAUAAUGAUAGUUAUAAAGGUAUUCAAAAUGAAGUGAAAAAUGAAGUUAAGAACGAAUGUCAAGAAAAUGAAACAACUCAAAGUGAAAACAUGACAAAAGAAUCUAUUACAUCUUUAACUAAGGAAGAUGAGGAUAUGCUGAAAACAUAUUUUUAUAAAUGUUUAUAUAAAAUAUUAACAAAUAAAUCGAAUACAUGCAAUAAUAAUUCAUGCUGUGGAUUAUUAUAUGUACCAUAUAGUUAUAUUAUAGUUAUUUUAAAUAGAAAAGUAGAAAAUUUAACUUAUGUAUGUACAAAUUUAAAACUUCCUUCAAAUACAGAUAUAUAUUAUAAUAAUAAAAAAAAUGUUAUAACUAUAUGUACAAAAAAUUUAGAACAUGAGUUUUUUAUAUAUUAUUGUUUAAAACAGGAUAAAUACAUUAAGAAUAUAAUAAUUUAUGAUAUUUAUUAUGAUGGUUUUAUACCUUUUUUUAAACCAAUAGUUAAUUUAAAAAAUAAGAAAAAUCAAGAAAACAUUAUUAACUAUAUUAAUUAUAAUAAAAAUGUUAAUUUGUCAAUAGUUUUUUUUUUGACCCAAUCAAGGGGAAAAGAAAAUGAUUCUACGCAAUUUAAAAAAAGUGAAAAUAAAGCUUUAAACGAAAAUAACGAUAAAAAAUGUGAAACAAUUCGAAAUAUUUGUUCUGAAAAAGAAGAGGAAAUUAAUAAUGAAAAAAAUAUUGUUAGUGAUAAUGUGAGUGCUGUUUCAAAUGGAGUGAGACAAAAUGAUCCUAACGAAAAAGAAGUAGAAGAAAUAAAAAACAUGAAUUUUCAAAUAUGUAGAAUUGUGAAUAUAAAUCAUAGGAUUGGAUUCAAGUUUGGUACUAAUACACAUCUCAAUAGCAAUAGUAGCAAUAAUCGAAUGAAUGUUAAUAAAAAAUUUUUUCAUUUAACUAGCCAAAGAAACGAAAAUAAUAUUGAGGAUUAUUUUUCGAAUAUAUGUAAUGGAAAUGAAGUUAUUAAUAAUAUGAAUAUAAAUAUGGUCGUCGAUAAAAUUUUAAAAAUUGUUAAUAAAAAGGAUAGUAUGUGUAAUGAUAAAUGUAUAUAUCAUAAUUAUAAUAAAAAUAAUAUGAAAAAUAAAGAAGUUCAAAUUUAUUUAUGUGAAGCAAUAAAUUCAUUCGCUUUUGAUCGGCGCCCAUUGUGUAUUAAAAAAAGAGAUAUAACUUUAUCAACUUAUGCCAAUUUUUAUAAAAUUAUUAACAGUUAUAAUCCUAACAAAAAUCAAAAUAAAUUACAUGACAUAAUUAAAAAACAUUUGGAUCAUGAUGUUUUUAAAAAAGGAAUUAUGAAAAAAAAUAUUUUAUUAAAUUGUGGAUAUUCUAGUAAAGGGAAAGAUAAUAAAAUUUCCCAGAUUGAAGAAGUUCAAAUAAAUGAAUUUCCAAAGGAUAUCAAAACUGAGAUAGAUUGUUUGAGCGGUGUUUACAAAGAUACAUCCAUUAAAAAUAAUAUAAAUGAAAACAAAACAACAAACAUAGAUGAACAAAACGAGCCACAUAUAUGUACAGAGAAUAUUUAUAAUAUAGAUUUAAAAAGUGAAAGAAAAAAUAUAUAUGAGACAUCAGAUGAUGAAAACAUACAAACCAAAGAAACAGAUAAUAUGUUUAAUGAAAUGUUUUUUGUUUUUAAUGACAACUCUGAUUUAUAUACUUAUGAAGAAUUUAAACAAAGUAGAAUAGAUAGUAUAAAUAAAAUAAAUGAAAACAAUAAUAUAAAAAAAAAUAGUACUUAUAAUCGAAAUACGUUAUGGGAUAUGUUAUCAACAAGAUAUUUACAAGCUCUAUUUAAUAUCUAUGUAUGUUCAUAUUUAAUAGAACAAAACAAUUGUAAUAUAAAUAGUAUAGAAAAAAAAAAAAAAAGGAAAUUAAAAAAUAUACCUUAUAAAUACAAAACACAUAUUAUUAAAAAUUAUUAUUACUAUCUGUUUAAAUUGUAUAAAAAUAAAUUCAAUGUAAUUUUAGAAGAAUCCGAAGAAGAUAUGAUACAUAAAAGUGUUUGGAAAUAA